AUGCAAUCACGGAAAUUGAACGGCUCAGCUCACAGCCCGUCGGAGCGAGUGAUGAACGCUUUAUUUUCACGGACCGUGGAGGCGAAAUUGUGGCUUGUGGCUGCACGCGCAUUACAAAGCUCCAACCCACCAGUGAUGUAUCCUGAAUAUACCGACGAAAAGGGCAACUAUGUCUACCGAACCCUUGACUUCUGGAUAUCGGGCUUCUUCCCUGGAUCAUUGUAUCUUUUACUAGAACGCGAGAUUCGUCAUAAUCGGAACAUUUCCCUAUCGAAAUAUUCCUACACCGAUUCCGAGUUAAGACCUCACCACCUUCAACUCGAAUACCUGUGCCGAUGGUGGACCGCCAACCUGCACCAAAACGCCUUGAAGCGCGAUACGCAUGACCUUGGAUUCAUGGUCGCACCGUGGGCUAUGAAAGCGUGGGAACUGCAGCGCGAUCCAGCUGCCUUCAAUACCCUAGUGAUGGCCGCGCAUUCCCUUGCCACUCGAUUCAACGCCAAUACAGGGUGCCUGCGAAGCUGGGAUGUGUGCAUUACGAACAAGUACAAGUAUGCAGACCCAUCUGUCGAUUUUCUAGUCAUUAUUGACAACAUGUUGAAUUUGGAUCUCCUUUUCUGGGCUGCAAAAGAAACCUCGAACGGUAAAUUGCACGAUAUUGCGCAAGCGCAUGCACACGCGACACGUAAAUACCACAUCCGGGAAGACAACAGUACAUUCCAUGUCGUCAACCUUGACCCAGAGUCCGGUGAUAUUAAAUCCCGGUUUACAAACCAAGGCUACAGUGAUGACAGUUGCUGGGCUCGAGGACAGGCGUGGGGAAUCCUGGGGUUCAUGCAGACUUUUUUGUGGACGCGAGACUUGUCAUUCCUCAACACAGCCAAGGACUUGGCGGACUACUUUAUUGCACACUUACCGGCUGAUGGUGUACCCUAUUGGGACUUGACUGCGCCAGUGACAGACACUAGCCCACGAGAUACAUCUGCGGCCAUGGUGGCCGCUUGUGGCAUGCUUCACCUCUACAAAGCGUUGGGCGAUCCCAAUCAGGCCCAUCACUACCUAUCUGAAGCGAUAAAACUUGUCAAUAACGUCGUGGACAUGUUUAUGGUCCCCGAUACUGUUUUUUUUGAGGCCACGCAUUCUCAACCACAUGUCCCGCUUUACUUGGAAGGUUGUACCGGCCCCAACUCCGGGGUCGAUUUCGACGUCCUACAGGUUAGGCACAAUCCUGGUUCGGACAUCAAAAACUGCGAGACGAUUCUAGGUGGCGCCACUAUCAACAAUUAUGAGUUUGCGCCGAGGAGAUGGUCAAACCAUGGGCUAGUCUAUGCCGACUAUUACUUCUUGCUGUUUGGUAAUAUGAUGCUCCACAUGGGGAUUGGCGACUCCAUCCGACCAUGA